AUGUGCGUCCUGAAUGGCACUUUGAGGGGUGCCAGCAUCUUAGAGGAUACCACCAUCGGUGUCGAGGUCGAGUGGUUUCCCUCAGGUGAAGACGACGGAGCGCCUCAUGGCACGCUCGGCAUCAACUUAUUGAAGGGCAACAAUUUUCCGCUGGAGGGGUCUUGGUCUGCCACUUUCAAGGUGCCGUUGAAGCUGUAUGGGAAGGAUGCGGCUCAAACUUGGCGAACGAAGCAAAGCUCAAUGGACCCCAGCGGGGAUCCAGAAUGGAAUGAUAAGCAUAGUUUCAAAAUCGAAUGGGGUGGUGGUCGCGUGGCAGAAGAAGACUUCCAGGUAAAGCUCAUGCGCAAGCUGUGCCUGCAGAUGGAACAGCUUGAAAGCAUGGUACCGUCGGCUUGUUAG